AUGUCAGUCAAGUAUGACUUUACAAGAAAAGUGAUCGCCAUCACUGGCGGCGCGUCAGGCAUCGGCCUCGCGACCGCUGAGCUGCUCGCCUCCAGUGGCGCCCUGAUAUCCGUUGCCGACGUGCACGCGGAAUCCCUUGCCGCCGCAGCAUCCAAGAUCGAACAAGCGGGUGGCACAGUACUCACGCGCGUGGUAAACGUCGCCGACUCGACGCAGGUCAACGACUGGAUUGCCGCGACAGUGGACAAGUUCGGAAAACUCGACGGUGCCGUCAACCUCGCCGGAAUGAUGGGUAAGGAUAUGAAUGUGCAUAAGAUCGAGGACUUGGAAGACGAUGACUGGACGGCUGUGAUAGGGGUGAAUUUGACGGGGGUCAUGCACUGCAAUCGCGCGCAGAUUCGCAAUAUGAACCCGAAGGGAAGUAUCGUCAACACGGCGAGCGUGGCGGGGGUAAUGGGUUUGCCAAUGGCCGCCGCUUAUACGGCGUCGAAGCAUGGGGUCGUUGGAUUGUCGAGGUGUGCGGCGAAGGAGACGGGAGAUCGGGGGAUUAGAGUCAAUUGUCUGGCGCCGGGGUUGAUCGAUACCCCAAUGUCGCGGAAGUCGAGCGAAGUGAGAGGCGCCAAACGGGACUUUUCGCAGUCGAUCAAGCGCUUUGGCCAGCCGGAGGAGGUGGCCGAACUCAUUGUGUUUUUGUUGUCCGACGCAUCGCAGUAUAUCAGUGGUACCGUGCAGCUCAUUGACGGCGGAUGGAUGUGCUGA